AUGAUGCAUCGUGUCCGGAAGUUGCUGCUCUGCGAGCUGGCGUGGUGUCUCCUAUCGCUGCUUGUGCCGAGCGGGCAAACGAUCGAGGUGCACGAGGAAGUCAACGAGGGUCCAAUCGGAGCGCACCUCCGCCUAAAUGUCAGUACCGGGCCGCCCCCCACGACGGCAAUGGCCGACGAGCGCGAUGUAAAUGACCCACCGCCAGCACUUCCGCCCGGGGGCACCGAUAAUUACACCACCACCGCAUUUCCCAGCAAUCAUCGGCAGCAUUCCGGGGCGAACAUUCCGACAGCGUCAUCAGCAACGACGGAAACAGAGGCUCCCGCUACAACCACAACAACAUCGCUAUCGAGCCUCGCUUCCGGUCCAUCGACCCCGGCGGCCAGCAGUCGGACCCCGGCGGGGCUUUCGUCCUUUAGAGCAGCUAAUUCUGCGAUCGUACACGAUCGUUCGGGCCAGCAUCAAAUAUCGAGCUACCGGAAGCGCCAGCUGUACGCGAGUGCGGUGCUGCAGAGGAACUCGAGCCACUUCCAGCGCGAUCAAGGUUCCGAGGGACAGUUUACGAAGGAGUUCAUCCCGUCACCCGAGGUGGUACCGUUCUUCAACGAGGAAAACUCACAAGGAAACUUCAUGCCGACCAGCGUCGGUGGAGUGGUUGAUGCACCCUACCCGAGCGGACCGUUGACGGAGGGCGACUCCAAGUGGUACGCCGGCUACGGACCGGCGACCUACACGAGCCCGGCGAAGGCACCUGCGACUAGACCCGCCGUAGACCGAGAGUCGUCGGGGAAAUGGGAUCGUAAAUUCCCUGGCACCUGGCAUCGGCACCGGGAGCCCAACGUGGUACACUUUCCACAGGAUGCCCGGCCCGUUCCGACGUUUCCCUCGCCGAAGGGAAAGUGGAAGUGGAUUCCGGAGGACGACAACGACGGCGCAAGCGAGGAAACGCCACCGGCCGGCGUUAAAGGAAACCCCCUAGCGACGCCAUUUUCUUCCUCCGCCAGCCUGCAGCAGCCGUACUUUGGCAAGUACUACUUUACGCACCCAACGGUGAAAAACCAUCCGUACUCGUUCGAUCGGACACCCGGCGUCGAAGGCACCUCCAGUCCAACCCCUUUCAGUAGCGAAGGAGGAACGGUGUCCACCAACGUCGUCACCGGCGGGAACAGUUCCGAAACUGGCCUUGGUGGCGAAGAGCAGCCGAACGGCUCCACCGACCUGAAGCUGAUCGGCAAGGAGGAUGGCCACUUGAAAAGUAACGUGUCGCCCUGGAAGAAAAUCAUCCACGUGCUGAGUGCGGCCAUCCCGAUCGGGCUGCUGAUAUCGGUUCUCACGCCGCAGGUCGUCUACAUCAACCCGAACGCCACGCAGCCACCGAUUCAGCUGCAAACGCCAACCCCAAUCAGUGGAGCUGGACCAACGACCGGCGGAAUACGCCAGCGAAGCCUUGGACCGGAUACGGCCCGCAUGCUGUUGGCCGCACGAGGCCUCGGCACCGAUCCGGUGGCGCUGGUCAAGCUCUUCCACAAGCUGGCGGCCCUCGAGCGCGACGUGGACCGGUCGGCCGGUGAAGGGUUCGAUGGCAGCAACCGGCUGCCGGACGCCACCGGCCAACUCCAGGGAUGCGACUGGAAGCUGCUGUGCCAGCUCGCCCGCCAAGGAAUGCUGCCCGACUCGGACGCACUGCACCGGACGCUGUGGAAGAUCGCCAGCGAGACACCGUCGGACGUGCUCGCGCGGCUCGGCCUGGAGGAAGUCUUCCGCAUCAUCCGGAGCGGAGAGUGCGACCGGCUGCAACGCACCUGCGAUCAGGACACUCGAGACGAGCACGAGUAA